AUGAAGCCCAAUGGUUUUCGAAUCGUUAUUCCUCCUCCCGUUGGAGGAGCACAUCGGCUAUGGACACACAAAUCCUACAAAGCGACUCUACCACUCAAAUUGUUUUUCCUUGGUGCCUUCGCCAGCCUAAUGUUAUGCUUCGUGUUACCGACAACUAUGUCGAUGUUAUUGUGGGGAGAGAAUUGGCGGAACGAUGACUUUGUCACAAAUAUACCAAACGAGGCAUACCUAGAGUCACUAGUUCUACUGCGCUAA